AAUAUCUAAACAAAUUGAGGAAGCAAAAGAGACUAUAGCUAAAGUUGAUUGUAAAGGGGAAUUACAGUAGCUAAGUGAGGAGGAAGGCCUUCUCAAGAGGGAUCUAAUGCUAACUCUAUGGGAAAAUAUUCAAACAAAAGAAGAAAUGGAAAGACAAAAAUCAAGGAUGAUGUGGAUGAAAGAAGGAGAUGCAAAUACAAGCUUCUUCCACCAGUGCAUCAAAAGUAGAUGGAGAAGGAACGAAAUUAACUCCCUAUUGGUCAACGAGAAGGUUAUGCAAGAAGUCAAUGAGCUGAAACAAGGAGUGGCUGACUACUUCAGGAAUCUAUUUGCAAAGGAAGACUGGAAAAGGCCAAUUUUGGAGGGCAUGGAAUUUAACAAAAUUUUUGAAGCAGAAAAGGAGCUUUUAACUAAACCGUUUCUUGAAUCAGAGGUCAAAGCAGCUGUAUGGAACUGUGACAGUGCAAAAGCCCCGGGUCCAGAUGGUCUGAGCUUUGGGUUUUUGAAAGCAAAAUGGGAAGUGGUUAAAGAUGAUAUAUUGAAGUUUCUAACGGACUUCCAUAUCAACAAUAAGCUGGUAAGGGGUUCCCAUUCAUCUUUUCCGGUAUUGAUACCUAAAAAGGAGAACCCACAAGGACUAGAAGAGUAUAGGUUGGAAGGCCAUUAAGAAGGAGACGCCACCCGAAACAGCUGAUUUUGGUUGGUACCAGUCUGCUCCAAAGCCUUUUGCAGAUUCUUGUUUCCAAAAUUCUAUUUUGCCCAGCCAACAUUGAGUAAGCCUUAUUGACAGUGUAG